UGUGAAUCGAUGGAUCAAGGGUGAUUCACGCGUGAUUAGAGUCCUUGCCUCUAACGCCACUCUUGGAGAGAGAGAAGCAUGUAAACCAGGGUUGCCAACGCCGAUACCAGCAGGAUUCUACUUAAAUGAUGUUUGGACAUCAUUUGUGUGUGUCACCCGUCAAUUUAAUACAGUGGACAAAACUAAAUGUCUGAAGGACAAGCACAUCUACACGAUGGGAGACUCCACUACCGAACAGUGGCAUGACUUCAUAGUCAAAUCCGUGCCUACUCUCAUUGCCAUAAACAACUACAUGGCUGUGGACAUGGAGAACAACAUCAUCAUACAACAUCACGCACAUAACACCCCUUACAUGCUCGGGGACGGGCACAUCAUGGCAGAUAUGCACCUCCUAAGUAAUGCGAUAGAUGACCUGGCUGGUGACCCACACACUGUUCUCGUCCUCAACAUAUGUGCACACUUUUCCAGCUUCCCUCGGUCCUACUAUGCCUACCGAGUGUCCCUGCUCAAGCGUGCAGUCGCGGCACUGUUGAGACGCGCACCAGAGACCAAGGUCAUCAUCAAGACAGCCAACACAGGGCACAGGGAAUUCUAUCGUUAUAACUGGACAUACAUGCAGUCUGAUCGAAUCCUGCGAGAAGCAUUCUAUGACCUGGGAGUCUACAUCCUGGAUGUGUGGCAGAUGACUGCCUGUCACUAUAACGAAGCGGACCUCCAUCCUGGCCCAGUGAUCAUCAAAAAUGAAGUCGACAUCCUUCUGUCUUUUAUCUGCCCCAUGUAA